AGUUGGCAGCACUUUUUUGGCACCAUCUUCAAGACUUGGAAGACCCAUCGACGAUCGACGGUAUCGGCAGACUGUCACUCCAACAGCUGUGUUUCCGCCUACUGUACUCUACUCAUUAGCAACGACUCAAGCUAUUGGCCCUGACUUUAUCCUCUUCUGAAAGGUCUUUGUACUUGGCUUUUGGUUGUUUCGGCGCUGUCGUUUCCUUCAACAAAACAAAUCGAUUGGCUCUUUGGAAUCGAAGCUCUGCUCUUCUGAUUUCACUCUCCACGCUACGGGACCGUAUCAAUCCAUCCAGUCCAUCCAGUCCAUCCAUCCAGUCAGUACUAUCAAGUCAAUUACACAACAAUGUCAUUUGAAAAAGGCGGCACAUGUGUAUUGGCAUGGAAGAAACGUGAUGGUUUAAUGGGUCGACUCGCCGGCAAACAACGGAAAUGGGAACAACGAUGGAUUGUCUUGGCAGACAAUUCGAUCCUGUACUACAGCAUGGGCGACGAAGACAAGUUUGGAGAAGCCGACUUUGAAGCCCGGGGCAAGAUUGACUUGACCCAAGGCACGUGUCGUGUCGAAGUCCAGAGUCAACCAUCGCCCGAUGCGCCCACACAGAAUGAAGUCGAAAUCAUUUCCGAAUUUACGCCGCCGCCUCCUGUUCCAACUACUACAAAUAGUGCUACUACUGCUGGACCACCACCCAAUAAUAUGAAACCCCCCAAACCGGUCGUGACGCGAUGGAAAUUGUGUUUUGAAACGCAACAAUCGUUGGUCGAAUUCCUCGAAAAAGCACAUGCCGCGUUGGAAGACACGGGACAAUUGAAAGAAAAGGAUGCGUCUCGAUUUGAACAUGAAUUCCAACCGGCCGAUCACAUUUAUCGAUGGGAAAUGAUUGUCUGUCCACCCGUCAUUUAUCCCAUUCAAAUUCAUGGAAUUGUACUGGAAGCCGGCCGCAACUGCGUGGUAGUGGCCGAUUUUGGAUUGACGGGAUACGGCAAAAAGAGUGCCGACGAUGAUUUUCAUCAUCACGAAGAUCAAACGCACAAUCGAGUCGUGGCCGCAUUCAAAAAGUUACGGCCUCAUUCCGAUCAACGAUUGCAUAUUACGACGCUUACCGAUCCCAUGGAUAUUCGCAAAUGGACCAAAGCGCAUUACGAUGAACAUUCCUUUCAAGCGCCAAGUUCGUUGCGGAAACUCAACAAAUUGACAUCCAUGUUUACAAAGGCCAUUCCCAAAGCCAAUAUGAAAUUGCAGGAUGAAAUUGUUGAGGAAGGACAACAACAACAACAACCUGUCAUUGAAGAACAAGCAAGUCACGAUGCCCAGGACAAUUUUAGCAAAUUUGGCGCAGACGAUGAAAACGCAGGAGAACACGACAACAAUGAAUCGACAACCACUGAAGAUAGUACACGACAACGCGCAUUUUCCGAAGAAUAUUCCAAACAACGACAAGAAGAACAUCCACUCCCCAAAGCCGAUCCAAAAGAUAUUGUACUCUCACGCGCCAACUUUAUACUCGAAUUUGGGGAAGAAAAGUUACCACCCUAUCACGUAUUCUUUUCCAAUUCUGAAUGCAUUGCCGUUUGGUGCAAGACGGGACGAUGGAGUACACUCCAAACGGCUGUAUUCUUGUCCACCAAUGCCGUCGGCAGUGCCAAAUCGGCCACAGUGGCCACGUUGGGGGUGGCGGCGGCUCAUGCCAUUUUGGCACCCGUCGUGGCCGUCGGUGGACUACUUUGGGUAUCGGCACCCAUGGUGGUGUUGAAAAAAUCACAAGAACGAUGGCAAAUCAAUACACAAUACAUGACGGAUCUAUACUGGCAAUGGGCACCUCCUUCGGUUUUUGUGUGUGCCAUUGAACACUGGAGUGAAGUGGGAUAUACCACACAAGAAGCCAAAAAACGAGCAUUGGCAGAAGCCGCCGCACAAGCCGAACGACAACGACUAGAGGAACCCAAGAAAGUGGUGGAGAUUAAAAAGUACUCGAGUGAAGAAAUCCUACGACGGAAAAAUUUGCAACCAACAACAGAGCAACACAAUGGCAACAGCAACAACAACACGAAUGAUGACAAGGAAGUUCCAAGCAAUACUGUGGACGCAGCCAAGGCCGAGCCCAUGGGAGCUGUAGUGGCCGCCGAGUCCUAA